UUUGACCUUUUGGCUUCACAGGUUCAUGCUCAAUGACUAGAUAGGACAGCUCUAGUAAGCUUCUUCUCUUUUAAAGUUUGCUUGGGUCUUUCGGCCACAGCGGAUCUUUUUGAUCCACAUACUGAUUUUUGGCUUGAGCCCUUGCAAUUCCGGAUGCCCUUCCGGAAUACCCAUCAUACUUACUAGUGGAGAUUCGAACCCCGGGGCGACAGCUCCAAAGUCCAGAAGGCUAACCACUACACCACGCUCUUCUUGAACGCUAAAGUUCAAUGAAGUUAAACGUUGAAAGUUUAGUGAAUUAAACACACCGUUUGGGUCAGAAGCAGGAAGUCAAUGGAAACGCUGCAGAAAGAGGUGCAGAAACAUUUCUGUGCGGGUUAUCGUGUGUCGCUGUAGUAGCAGUAAUGAACGACUCAAUACACUCAGUACGAAGCACCGAAAAUGAACGUAAUAGGUCUCUUUUAAAAAACAGCAAAAAAAAAUCUGCAGUCAUUUCCAAGUGGAAAAUUGUGUUGCUGAAAAAAAUAUUAAUACAGGAAGAAAGUGGAAAUUGUUGGAAAAUUAAAAAAAAAAAAAAACACCACAGUGGAAAUUGAAACAAAGGAUCAAAUUUUACAGGAAUAAAGUCAAAAAGUGGUAAUUGAUUUAUUGAAGUUAUGUAAUAUGUGGGAAAAGAAUGCCGUUCCAGUAGUAGCAUAGAGUUUAAAUAUUGAAUAAAUACAUAUUUUUUCAAGGCUACAUGGACAAAUGGUUAGCGCGCUAGGAGACUCGUGUUCAAUUCCACCCUCAGCCAUCUCUGUGUGGAGUUUGCAUGUUCUCCCCGUGCAUGCAUGCCUUUUCUCCGGUUUAAAGAUCGACCGAUACAUCGGCCGGCCGAUAUUUGUGUUCUUUACUUGAAUCGGUAUCGGCCGAUACGCGCCUGGGUUCGCCGAUGUAUUUUUCCGCUGCAUUAUUUUCAGACAGGCGUCCGCCGGGCAGCUUUGUGUUGCCGGAGGACCCUGCAACACACGCAGUCGCGGUACCCGUCCCACACUACAACAGUGGUGAAUCACAACAAGGGAAAAAUGUCUUUGAGAACAAACACGCCGGCGCCUCAGCCGAUGCCAGGAAAGUUCUGGUCCUGAUCACAGACGGCGAGCCCAGUGACACUGAUCACGGGACUAUUGACGCUUACAAUAAAGCACGCAUCAUUCGAUUUGCCAUCGGGGUGAAAGACGUCAGCCUGGAUAAAGUCAAGUCUAUUGCCUCAGACCCCAAGGACAAAUAUGCCUUUAAAAUUAAGCAGUAUGAUGGACUCACGGGAUUACUGGAAAAUUUCCAAAAACACAUCUUCAGCAUGGAAGGAGACUCCAAAGUUGCUCGGGCAGAAGACAUGACUGAUGAGAUGUCCCAGAGUGGAUUCAGUGCUGCGUUCUACAGAGACACCUUGAUCCUGGGUUCAGUGGGAUCAAACAGCUGGCGUGGUGCUCUGUACCAGCGUCACAACCUAACCGAGACACGGAUACAAGAUCCACACAUGGAGAUGGACUCUUACAUGGGAUACUCUGUUUCUGUGGGACAGAUCAACAAUGUUCCCCUGUAUUUCACGGGCGCUCCAAGAUUUCAGCACACAGGACAAGUGCUACUCUUCAGACGCAACGGGAGCAGCUGGGAUGCUAGCCAAAGAGUAAAUGGGGAUCAGAUUGGUUCCUACUUUGGGGCCGAGCUGUGCACACUGGACGUGGACUCGGAUGGUAACAGUGACUUCCUCCUGGUGGGAGCGCCAUUGUUUUACCAUCCUCAGGAGAGGUCUGAGGGACAGAUCUACGUUUACACGCUGACUGAUGAGAUGCUGCUGAGAAGGGAAAUGAAGAUGGCCGUGCAGUCCAUGGGGAGGUUCGGUUCCAGCAUUGCUAGUCUUGCGGAUCUCAAUGGAGAUAGACUCAGAGAUGUCGCGGUCGGGGCCCCUCUUGAAGACUAUAAUGCAGGGGCAGUGUACAUCUUUUUGGGGGACAGGCAAAGAGGGAUACGCAGCAUUUUUAGUCAGAAAAUCACGGGCCAGAAUAUAAGGCCGGGGAUCAGAUUCUUUGGACAGGCCAUCAGUGGAAGCAUAGACCUCGGCGAGGAUGGUCUCCCAGACCUGGUGAUCGGAUCAUAUGGGACUGCUGUUGUCCUCAGGUCCAGGCCAGUUUUGAGCGUGACUGCUGGUCUGUCUUUUAACCCGAAGGAGAUCAGCAUUGACCAAAUCGACUGCUCAGUCAACACAGACCUUAUUUUACCAAUGGUUACCUUAAAUGUCUGCUUCCAUAUGACGGAAACGACAAUGAGUAAAGCAGGAGCACUGAAGACCGGAUUGAACAUUUCAUACACGCUUAACGUGGAUCCAAUGAGACAAUCACAUCGAGGUUUCUUCAGGGACAGGAAAACCAGGAGUCUUUCUUUCACGUUUGAACUGCUGAAUGAGGAGACAUGCUUCCAGUACUCCAUCAACAUGACGAAAUGUGUGAAAGACACGCUGUCGCCUGUCCGCAUCAAAUUAAACUUCUCACAGGAGGACAGCGAGAGUGCAGGCGCUGUCCUCAAUGUGGAUGGCAAAACGCAGGCUGUUGUCGAGGUUCCUUUUGAAAGGCAGUGUCGAAAAAACGACACCUGCAUCGCGGAAAUUGAGGUGGAUUUCAAAUUUUUGGGCCCAACAUUACUGGUUGCUGAAGAUCUCUACUUCACCAUGUUGGUUACCAUAUCCAAUCACGGGGAUGACUCUUACAACACCAGCCUCACGUUCCACUAUCCUCCUGGCCUCUCCUUCUCCAGCAUGCACCAGGUUAUGACACAGACCACAAGACGGACACUCUACAACUGCGAUGACAUGGAAGGAGUGACUGACAAAACCAUAUGUGGUGUCAACCUACCUGUGUAUCGCAGCAGAUCAGCAGCAACAUUUCAAACGUUGUUCCACAUCAUCACAGAGUAUGAGUGGAAUGACACAACUUGGAUUGGUGUCACUGGUGAAAGUGAUAACAACAGUGGCACCGUGGCUGCGCUGACCAAAAGGCUCCCAGUACAAAUUGAAAUUAAAAUGGCGAUAUCAGUGAGCGAGGAGACCACCACUUAUUUGAAAUUUACAGAAGACGACAUAGCCCCGAAAAGAAUGAUGAUUAAAUACAAGGUGGAUAAUCCUGGCUGGAAGACUUUUCCUGUCAAUGUGUCCUUCAGCUUCCCAACGAAACUGCAGUAUAAUUUUGAAAUGGAGAAUUAUCGAGUCUUGGUACAACAGAACCAAACUCAAUGUGAGAACAUUGCUGGAAUGAUUUCGGAAUAUUGCUCCCCAGAAGAAAACUGCAAAACCAUACAGUGUGACCCCUUCAUGCUGAACAAAGAAUCUUCCACUGAGAUGAUUUUGUCUGGAGACAUUCAAUUCAAGGAGCUUGAGCAGCGUGCACGGAACAAUGAUUUUCUGAAAAGAUACACCGGAGAGAGUGCAGAGGUGACCUUCAAGAGUGCCAUACAUGUUCACUUCGACCAGCAGCGAUACGUGCUGGAUUCCCAUAAACAGAAUAAAGGACCAGCCGAGGAGGAGAAGGAUGCCUUGUGGAACGACAACAACCCCACCAAGAAAUGGGUUGGCGUUCGGGUUGAGUUCAUCAUUUCUCCUGAUCAACUCCUGAUCAUUUCAACUGGAACCGCACUGGGAAUUUUGCUUCUGAUCAUCAUCGCCAUCAUCAUGUGUAAGCUGGGGUGCUUCAAGAGAAAAACGGUCCAGUAUUAUCAACAGCAGGAAGAGGUGGCUGCUCUUCAGUUGGAAGCCCUCUCGCAGAACAACGGCGUCGGCAGCCAUCCUGAAGACGGCCCACCGGCGGAGGAAAAAACUCUUCUUGGGGGCGACCAGUCGGCUGACACAGAGAUAGAAGUGGAUUAAAUGACAAUGACAGGACUGCAAGAACAAGACGAUUAUUGACAUUGUUUUAAAAGAUGUUUUGGAAAAGUUAGUUCUUCUGCCUUCCAGCGUGACCGUCCCAGUACACAAAGCAAGGUCCAUGAAGUCUGGUGCUUGUGUGUCUCACCCACUAUUACAGUAACACGAAUGACACCUUGCCCCCAGCGUAGAAUCCUACAUAUCAGGGUGUUUGAAUACGUUUUCUGAAUUCAGGUCGUCCAGAACCCACAAGGUUGGUGGUUCGAUCCUCAUCUCGCGAUGCAUCAUGAGAGUACCCACUGAAGGCCCAGGAACCAAAAGCACCACUCGCCACGGACUGGAAGAAAGAUGUGCGCAUGUACAAGACUACAACAAAAUGAAAGCAGCAGCUGUUAGAUAAGAGGAUAUUAGCGUAUUUUCCGGACUAUAAGUCGCACUUUUUUCAUAGGUUGCUGUUCCUGCGACUUAUACUCCAGAGCGACUUAUAAAUGAAAAAAACUGGAACACCUUUUCUGUUCAUGUUUAUUUUUGGUGUAGCUGAAUAACCAUUAGCAUAUCUUACAUCUAUUCAGCCUGUUCUCUAUUCUUGUAUUGUUAGAACGUGCCUUCUUUUGGUCAAGUAGUUUGGGAAAUAAAUUACCUGCAAAAAAUACGACUUAUACUCCAGUGCAACUUAUGUGUGUUU